AUGGGGCAGCACAGAUUAGCCUCGCGCAGGGGGGGGCUGCUUCCGUCGGAGAUCUCAGCUGGUCAUGGGAGAUCAGCCAUCUCUGAGAUGCGCCGGUGCGCCAAUGCAGCUUCUCCCCGCCAGCUUGCACAAGUCUGCCCCACGCCGACCCGCGUGUCCCUCUCUGCCGUGAACAUCAUGAACGUUCGUCUGCCUACAUGGAGACGGAGCUUAGGUGGGCCCUGGCCUAGACGAGAGCUUGCAACGUCUACAGCAGACAAGACCGGAAAUGGUGCUGGUGCCUCAGCGGCGGGCGCAAAGCGGGCCCGAGCCCAGUUGGUGAAUGGGAGGGCGAUGGCGACGGAAAUACUGGAUGAGGUGCGACGAGAGGUGGAUCUGAUGAGAUCGAAGCACAACACCGUGCCCGGGUUAGCGGUGAUAAUGGUGGGGGAGAGGCGCGACAGUGCUAAGUACGUGUCAAUGAAGCAGGCGGUGGCGGAGAGCAUUGGGUUUAUGUCCUUCAGCAGCGUGCUGCCCGCCACGGCCACACACCGCGAUGUCCUGGAGUGCAUACAACAUCAUAACAAAGACCCAAGGUGCCACGGGAUCCUUCUGCAGCUGCCCGUCCCCGCGCAUCUCGAUCCCCGAGGGCUGCUCGGGGCUAUAAAGGUCGAGAAGGACGUUGAGUGCUUCAACCCGACGAACGCCGGGCGAAUGACGGCUUGGCGACGGACGGUCAUCGCGCCCUGCACUCCUCUGGGGGUGAUGGAGAUGCUCCUCCGGCUCGGGGUGGAGGUGAGGGGGAAGCACGCGGUGGUGCUCGGCGAGAGCAGCGUUGUCGGCCUGCCCAUGUGCCUGCUGCUCAACGAGGCUCGGGCGACGGUCUCGAUGGUCCACAAGGAGACGCCAAACCCGGAGGGCUUCACGCGGCGGGCGGACAUCGUGGUGGCAGCCACGGGGGUGCCGGAGCUCGUCCGAGCCGGCUGGGUCAAGCGCGGGGCCGUCGUUAUCGACGUCGGCAUCAACUUCGUCCGCGACGACGAGAGACCGGAGGGGUUCCGCGUCGUGGGCGACGUGCACCCGGACGUGCGCGAGGUGGCGUCCAUCGUGUCUCCCGUGCCGGGCGGCGUGGGGCCGAUGACGAUCGCCAUGCUCAUGCGCAACUGCGCCAACAUGGCCUUCCUGCAAAGCCGGUGGGGCACGAUCGCGGGAGCCCUGCACCCGGACCUCGCGGCCGAGAACGCGCGGAGGAUGCACGCGGCGAUCGUCGAUCUGGCGUGGCGCGGGUCGGGGGAUCAUCCAAUCAGCGGCAGCGAGGACGGCGGGGGAGAAGCAGAGCAGGAGUGCCCGCAGAAGCGAGGGGCGAGGGACGUGAAGGCCCGGGAGGAGGCGCUAGAGCGAGCCGGGGACAGCAUCACGGACGCGGAGCUGCUGACAAUCAUCAACGACUCCGAGAAGAACGCGUUCGGUCUGCUGAGCUUCCUCGAGCUCGGGUCUUCGCACGACCGGCUCCUGGGCGCCGAUGCCUCCAGUGCAAGGACGGAGGGAGGGACGAGGGUGGGAGAAGGUGAUAAAGGCGUAGCUAGGCGAAUACCGCGGCCGUUAGGUGGUGCUGGACAAGCGCCGGGCCAGGCGAGUGGGGGGGAACUAAUGGGCUGCGUCGGUGGCGCGGAGUUGGGCAGCGGGGAAGAAGGGCCCAUGGAAGCGUUGGACGAGUGGCACUUGGAGGCGGAGAGGGCCGCGAAGGAGAAGGGAGAGACGGUCGUGCCUCGGCAGGGGAACCCUCUCCUGUUGGAGGACGAUCUGGAAGAGACGGCCGAAAGAACGGGGUGGUGGGAGAGUUGCGCUUCCACCCCCGUCUCUAAGUCUACCGCGGCUGUUGCUGUUGAAACGGCUGCUUCUUCCGAAAGUGCGCGAGGAAAGGGGCGAGGGGGGAGAGAUCACCAGGGGUGAGCUGCAUGAUGGAGGCUUGGCGUAACUUGUUCGGGAGCGCUAGGUCGCCGCAGAUCCUGAUGUAGUUGGGGGGUUUAAUGACAGCUGAGGGUAGCUGAAGCUAGAUUGUGUACCGAAUAAUGAUACUGCCACCGUUGGUUAUUCGCUUCGAGCUCUUACAAUCCGAGCGUUUUCGAUGCGUUAUUAAUUUAUUUUGUCGGAGUGUUGGUCGUGUCGUGUGUUUUCGCACCGAUUCGGUUCCCGCAUGGAAACGUGUGGUCCUGCCUGUGGAUGUCCCAGGAUUAUCUGUGUAUUUCGAUCACCUGUGAGACACAGCGGUACUCAGAGCCGUUGCCAGUUGUGAUGAACUGGAUGCACGCGCUCAUUUGUUGCGAGAUGUGCACGUACCACGGCAAGAUCUGGUCUACAGUACUACCGUAGUAGUCGGAGAGAUGACACCCGUCGGAGGUAUGGCACCUGUCGGGGAGAUGGCAACAGGGUGCGCAAAAAUAUCAAGAACGCUAUGAUGUAAUUCGAUUUACGCACCG